AUGUGGCUCACACUCUCGUCCCCACCCUGUCCUCGUCCCGUCCUCGUCCAGUCCAAGCCCUUCCAAGGCAGUUCUAUUCAAGACAAAUGUGGCUCACACUCCCAUCCCCUCCCCGUCCUCGUCCCAUCCUCGUCCAGUCCAAACCGUUCUCAGGCAGUUCUAUUCAAGACAAAUGUGGCUCACACUCCCAUCCCCACCCCGUCCUCGUCCCAUCCUCGUCCAGUCCAAGCCGUUCUCAGGCAGUUCUAUUCAAGACAUAUGUGGCUCACACUCCUGUCCCCACCCCGUCCUCGGCCCGUCCUCGUCCAGUCCAAGCCCUUCCCAGGCAGCUCUAUUCAAGACAAAUGUGGCUCACACUCUCGUCCCCACCCUGUCCUCGUCCCGUCCUCGUCCAGUCCAAGCCCUUCCCAGGCAGUUCUAUUCAAGACAAAUGUGGCUCACACUCCCGUCCCCACCCCGUCCUCGUCCCGUCCUCGUCCAGUCCAAGCCCUUCCCAGGCAGUUCUAUUUAAGACAAAUGUGGCUCACACUCCCAUCCCCACCCUGUCCUCAUCCAGUCCAAGCCCUUCCCAGGCAGUUCUAUUCAAGACAAAUGUGGCUCACACUCUCGUCCCCACCCUGUCCUCGUCCCGUCCUCGUCCAGUCCAAGCCCUUCCCAGGCAGUUCUAUUCAAGAAAAAUGUGGCUCACACUCCCGUCCCCACCCCGUCCUCGUCCCAUCCUCGUCCAGUCCAAGCCCUUCCCAGGCAUUUCUAUUCAAGACAAAUGUGGCUCACACUCUCGUCCCCACCCCGUCCUCGGCCCGUCCUCGUCCAGUCCAAGCCCUUCCCAGGCAGUUCUAUUUAAGCGAAUGUGGCUCACACUCCCAUCCCCACCCUGUCCUCGUCCCAUACUCGUCCAGUCCAAGCCCCUCCCAGGCAGUUCUAUUCAAGACAAAUGUGGCUCACACUCUCGUCCCCACCCUGUCCUCAUCCCGUCCUCGUCUAGUCCAAGCCCUUCCCAGGCAGCUCUAUUCAGACAAAUGUGGCUCACACUCCCAUCCCCACCCUGUCCUCAUCCAGUCCAAGCCCUUCCCAGGCAGUUCUAUUCAAGACAAAUGUGGCUCACACUCUCGUCCCCACCCUGUCCUCGUCCCGUCCUCGUCCAGUCCAAGCCCUUCCCAGGCAGUUCUAUUCAAGAAAAAUGUGGCUCACACUCCCGUCCCCACCCCGUCCUCGUCCCAUCCUCGUCCAGUCCAAGCCCUUCCCAGGCAUUUCUAUUCAAGACAAAUGUGGCUCACACUCUCGUCCCCACCCCGUCCUCAUCCCGUCCUCAUCCAGUCCAAGCCCUUCCCAGGCAGUUCUAUUCAAGACAAAGGUGGCUUGCACUCCCAUCCCCACCCUGUCCUCGUCCCGUCCUUGUCCAGUCCAAGCCGUUCUCAGGCAGUUCUAUUCAAGACAAAGGUGGCUCACAUUCCCGUAUCCACCCCGUCCUCGUCCCUUCCUUUUCCAGUCCAAGCCCUUCCCAGGCAGCUUUAUUCACAACAAAUGUGGCUCACACUCCGUCCCCACCCCGUCCUCGUCCCGUCCUCAUCCAGUCCAAGCCGUUCUCAGGCAGUUCUAGUCAAGACAAAUGUGGCUCACACUCUCGUCCCCACACCGUCCUCCUCCCGUCCUCGUCCAGUCCAAGCCAUUCUCAGGCAGUUCUAUUCAAGACAAAUGUGGCUCACACUCCUGUCCCCACCCCGUCCUCGUCUCGUCCUCAUCCAGUCCAAGCCGUUCUAA